AUGACGACAGCGAGCGACUCUUCCUCUGACCCUGUUGCCGAUGACAAGAAUGCCAGGACCCGACUAGCCCAUGGUCUGACCACGCCAGAACAGACCCCAGAACCUGAAAUUGCCCGGCUGGAGGAGGACGAGAAGAGGCGUCAGGCCAACAGUCAAAAUAGCACGGCCGAAGGACAAGGGUCAACUACUGGGGACCCUCAGUCUUCUGGAGAAAGAUCCGGUGGUGACACGGGAGGGAACAAUGGCGCGGUCCCGGAGCAGAUUGAUGCCGUGGAGAGAGUGAUGAAAUGCUCGAGUACGGAUUACCGACAGAUCCUUGGCCUCGGAGAUGAAAAUCCAAAUCGAGAAGAGGAGUCAAGAGAGGUGAUGGCGGCCUUCAAGAAGCUUGGAUGCUUGACGCAUGAAAAAUAUAACAAGGUGAAUCAUGCGGCGCAGGCAUUUCACAGAGUCAACGAUGCGGCCAAGCACCUAGGCAUCAACGAAGCUGCCAUAGCGAAGAUGAGAGAUUGGGAUGGCGUAGAGGACAAUCUCACCUUGCCGGAAAAUGACACCAGCCACGAAAGCUCCGGUGAGGCACCAUCGACGAGACGAGACAUGGACAUGGGAAACUCCAACCAGCCCACGACCCCACAACUGACCGACGCUCACCGCGACGUGUACAGAGUAUGCGAGGGGCUGCUAGGGAUACUUACCGACGACCCGGAGAAUGAGCAAGCGAUCGCCGGCCUACAAGGGGCAAAUAGAAAGAUCAUGGAGAUCAAUGCCGCGAAUGGAUUCACCGGUUCGGACCGAUUCGUCGUCGACGUCGAAACAUGGGUCAACUUCUUCAAGAGGGCGUUGCCGUUUCGCGAGCAAUUGAAACAACGCCCCGACCAAAACGCCAGGCAUGAGCUUAAAUUGAUGAACGAUUGGAUUCAACAAUUCAAUCAGGAGCGCGGUUACCCACCCGGCUGGGUCAUAGCCAUACCGAAGCCGCCCGAUCAGCCCACUUCAGGUCCAAUCCCGCCGACACCCGCAACAACCACAACUCGACCUCGGUCGGGGAGGUUGCCAAAAUCUCUAGCCUUCAACGAAAGGGAUGGAUGCGUCCUCGAAGGAGGGAUCGAGAAGGAAUUGUACGGUUACAUGAAGGCGGGAUACGGCCAUCGAGUCCUGCUUCGACAAGAUGGACGAAACGGGUACGAUAUCUUCGAGUUCGUCAGGGCGAGCAAAUUCGGGAAAAGCUUUGUCGAGAGGAACCAGCACGUGUUGGGCGGGACAGACAUCAAGGCCGGGACCAAAGCCUCAUUACGGGGAAUGAGCUGGAACAAGGUGGCCAUUUUUGGCGUCGCUCCAGUCAGAACCGACUUCGAUGAUGAGGCGAUGUUGAUGGCUUGGGUGGCGUUUCCCGAUAGGGAACCGACCUGGUACUGGCGGUCGUACCUGGGCGAAGAAUUUGGAAUAGAUGCUGUGGACGAAAAGCUGAACACCUUCAGGAGGAAGGCAGGGCAACUCCCUCGAGCGGUCAUAGAUGAGGACGAAGCCGAAGAAAGUGAUUAUGAUGAGGAAAGAGAAGACAAAGAAACUAGAAUGCAAUAUCUCAGGGAGGAGAUGAAAAGGUUGGAGGAGGGAACAGCGAGACGCAGAGGUUCGUCGGGCGCCAAAAGGGCAAAACCGCGGCGAAGAGCCCGGUAG